AUGCACCUAUCAAUAAUUUGCCCCAGGGGGGGGGGGGGCGGCGGGCAUACACGGCACUUUAGACAGAAGACAAUUCCCGACAGGCGGGAAUUUGACACGCCGAAUAAUUCCGGGUCCCGGGUUUUAGACAUAAGACGGAUUUUACAUCUCGGUACCCGGAGUUGUAUAGACAACCGUAUUUCGUAUCCCGGUACCCGGAGUUUAGACAACUGUACUGUCGCACUAAAAAAAUGGCGGACAAACUUUCACACGUUUCAUCCUUCUCAGUUAAAGAGAUGUGUGAAUGGGUGGAUAGCAUCUCAAAAGAUCUCACAACCAUAUUUAAAGGGAGUCGAGUUGCCACCCUCUGACGUUUUACAGAGGGCACAUACAGAUGGCAGUACAGAUGCAGCCCUACUUAGUAAAGAGUGUACUUUACCAGUGGGAGAGGUUAACAUUUGGUUGGAGCACCUCAACAAUGUCGCUGCAAACAGAGAAAGGGGCCAGGCAAAGGCUGCAGAGACACGGUCUCUGAAAAAGAAAGAGUUGAGGACAGAGACAACUCCUGGUGGUGCUGCCACAUCGACUGCGACUACCCAUAGAAGUUCCGCUAGGAGCCCAAACCAUAGCCAGGCUCAGAGUGCACCAGACAAUAUCAUGGUAGAUGUUUCGAGGUUUGGACGGAGGAGGGUACCAAAAAGAUUUGAUGAAUAUAUUAUGUAAAAACAAUAAAAAUAAAAAUAAAAAAUGAAGUUCACAAU